AUGUUUUCGCAAGAUUACUUGAGCUCUGUUUCGGGUGGGAUUGCAAUUGCUGUUACCGGGAUAGCGGCAGUUUCCCUUGCUUCCAGCAUGAUUUUGAGGAGGAGUCGACAUUAUCCCCCUGGACCUCCUCAACUUCCUAUAGUGGGGAAUUGGUUUGAUCUACCCAGCACGGAGCCCUGGGUAAAGUUUGCUGAUUGGAGUGAGCAUUACCAAAGCGAUCUCAUUCAUUUGAAUGUUUUUGGGACUCAUAUCCUCGUCGUCAACUCUGCAGAGGUUGCCAAGGCCUUGUUCGAAGGAAAAUCCGCUCUAUACGGUGAUAGACCUCGAAUGACGAUGCUGAACGAGUUGGUUGGCCUAUCAUGGCUUCUGGGCUUCAUUCCCCAAGGCGAUACAUGGAAAACACAUCGGAAGAUUCUUGCAAAUAACUUCAACCCGGCUUCGGUGUCGCAGUUCAGACCUCACCAGCUCAAAUGGAGGAAUAUCUUUUUGCAGAAUUUACUCAAGACGCCGGAUGAAUUCUUCACACACAUUCAACACCUAGCUAGUGGUCUUUCAUUGGACCUAGUAUUUGGACUCGAUGUCGCAUCCUCCGGCGAACCGGAUCCUUUCAUACAUGCAGCUAAUGAAGUAGUCGACGGACUGGCAGCUACCGGAAUCUUUGGAACAUAUUUAGUUGAUUACCUGCCUUUCUUGAAGCACCUUCCUUUUGGCCGAUAUCAGCAUCAGGCAAAACACUGGAAAACUUUUGUUGAUAUUGCAAUCACUGUACCCUUGGACAUGGUCAAGGCUGACAUGGCCACGGAAAGAGAAGUUCGACCGUCGAUAGCCUCGAGGCUUGUUCAAGGCGGAGUUUUUGCGCAAGAAGAUAUACGCAAAACUACUUCUACAAUGUUCGCUAAUGGCUCGGCCGCUCUCGUCUCUGCUUUGAGGACCUUUAUUCUAGCAAUGUCCCUUCAUCCAGAAAUUCAACAUAAAGCCCACAAUGAAAUCGAUGUUGUGCUUCUCAACUCUGGGAAGGCUUUACCAGAUUUUGACGACGAAUUGUCUCUUCCUUAUAUAUCAGCUAUCGUAAAAGAAGUUCUUCGAUGGAACCCAGUAGUCCCACUUGCAUUUGCUCAUAGAUUGACUACUGAUGAUGUCUAUAAUGGUUACCAUCUUCCUGCUGGUUCGGUUGUUUUGCCAAAUGCCUGGGCUAUGUUGUAUGAUGUGAAAACCUAUGGAGACGAUGUGUCUGCCUUUAGGCCGGAGCGUUUCCUCACAAAAGAAGGAGCUCUGAAUCCUAAUAUGAAAAAUCCUGAUGUUGCAUUUGGAUUUGGAAGGAGAAUAUGCCCUGCUCGGAAUUUUGCAUUGUCUGAGCUUUUCAUAUUCAUAGCCUCCACUCUUGCGAUAUUCGAGAUAAUCAGCGUAGAAGGGCUGAAUGCCGGAGCGAAACCGCAAUAUACAUCAGGACUUCUUCGGUGA